UGCGGCCCGCCUAAUUGUAAUGAGAGGGUGCUGAAUAUAUUAAUCCGCAUGUUAUCUUUUUUCCCCGAUCUGUAUGCCCUCUACUUUUUAAAAAAUAUCAUUUCUCAGCACAGACGUGUUGUCCGCGAAGGCAGUUACUGUAAACGACAAUCAAAGAUCUCUUCAGCUGGCUUACAACUGAGCUGCCGUUUCAAAGUGAAGCAGUCAAAGCAGUGAGGCAGUGGUGCACCUACAGUAUUAGCGAGUAUGUUCCACGGGGCAUCAGUGCACACUGGACCUGCAUUGCCAUCAUGAACACUGUGUAGACCGGGCAAACCAAUAACAUCACUCCAGAACUGUUUAACAUUUAUUUUGUUUAUAUUCAUUGGCCAUUCUAGAGUCUGCACCGAUGAGUUCAUAUUUUGUAAAUCCAUUCUACUCCAAGUACAAGCCAGGAGAAGCCCUAAGUCCCACUUACUACGACUGCCGGUUUCCACAGGACGUGACUAGCAGACACGCUGUGGUCUAUGGUCCCAGCAGCGGCGCGAGCUUCCAGCACCCAGCUCAAGUUCAAGAAUUUUACCAUCAUGGGACACCAGCACUUCCUAAUACUGGCUUUCAACAGAAUCCUUGUGGAAUUACGUGUCAUGGUGACCCCUCUAAAUUUUACGGAUACGAUAACUUACAAAGACAGCAAAUUUUUACGACACAGCAAGAGGCCGAUCUGCUACAAUAUCCUGACUGUAAAUCGUCUAGCAGUAAUAUUGGCGAAGAACCAGAGCACUUAAAUCAGAACUCGUCUCCUACUCAAAUGUUUCCCUGGAUGAGACCUCAAGCAGCGCCUGGUAGACGCAGAGGGAGACAAACUUACAGCCGAUUCCAAACCCUGGAGCUGGAGAAGGAAUUCCUGUUCAAUCCGUAUCUGACGCGAAAGCGAAGGAUCGAAGUUUCUCAUGCUCUGGGACUGACUGAGAGGCAGGUGAAGAUUUGGUUUCAAAACAGGAGAAUGAAGUGGAAAAAAGAAAACAACAAGGACAAAUUCCCAACCUCUCGGAACGACGACGAGGGGGAAGAGGUCAAGAAAGAACAGGAAGAGCCUGAGCAGGACACAACAGAGAAGGAGACCAAGUAACUUUACCCCUUUGGCCUCAGAGAAGAACGCCAUUCAGAUUGUGCCAAUUCCACUGUUAUACGUGUUGAUCAGAUUGAGUCCUCCAGCACAUUGAUGGUUAGUUUGGUGUAAACAGUUCACCAGCUUUUGAAGUUCUUUUGAGCCUUAAUUCAACAUUAUUUCUAAUGAGGUCUGUGUGCAUCAUUUUAACCUUUUCGAUCACACCCUGGCAGAUAUAGUAUCAACUGUCCCAUAGAAUUUUGCAACUCCCUUUAAAAGUGGAAAGUUGCAAUAUCCCAGAAGAAAUAGCCAUUUUGAAUAAAGAUUUUAUUGCUUUUUAAUAGGAGGAAAUAUAAAAUGGAAUCGUGAUUAAUUUAGUUUGUUGAUUUUAUUUAGCAUUUGUGAUUACACCCAACAACAUGAACUGCCUAAUAGAAUGGAUUAUUUGGAAUGUAUUGCGAACACACUUAAUUAAUGAUAGAAACAAAACAGUGCACUUGCGAUGUGUCUUAAUUACUGUGCGUGUAAACUAAUUGGUGGUGUAUUGCGGCUGGAAAUUCUCAACAAUUACCUAUUCUCCGAAACGCAGUCAAUAAACAUAAGCAAAAAAAAUACAAGGUAUUCCGCAGCAAUAGUCACUUUUUAUGAUGGUCGAAUGUGAUUAAAUUAAUAAAUGUUGAUUAAAUUUAACUGUGUACUUGUUUCAUUUUACGACCAGUGUCCCAAAGAAAAUAAAAGUAACGUGUGCUUGAUAGAGAAUCGUUAUGGCUUGAUUGAGACAAUCAGCUGAGAUCGCUGCAAUUAUCAUUUAGCCAGCGGUCUGUGGCUCUUUCGGGUAGUUUCUGCAAGAUUAAAUCGAAUGUCCUUUAUUUUUGUUUACCUCUGCGGUCACAAGGUGUCCGUCUGCCAUACAGCACGGCAGUUCUGAUCAUUGGAUGAAAAAGACUGAAGAUGGUGUAUUUUAUAUGUAGUUAUAAAAGUUAAUGAUAGAGCUGAUG